GGCACAUGGCAGACCUCUGACCCAGCUGGGACCAGUCACAUGGCAGACCUCUGAUGAAGGUGUGAGUGCCCUCUUUCACGAGGGGUCCCCUGACCAGAGCUGUGGGCACCUCUUCUGGGGAACUUGGGCCCCUCUGGGACCAACCUCCUCCCAUGGGGGACAGACAUCUGUGGCCAUAUUCCAGGGAGGGGAGCAGCCGAGUGGGGCUGGGCACUCAGAGGGAGCCCUGUCCUCCCUGUGUGAGGGAAGGUCACGCUGCAGAAGAGCUGAGUCACGGUGCUCCUCGCGGCGGCAUCAAGCCCCAGGGCCCUGGGCUGUGACCAGUAAGGAUGGUCAUAGCAGCCGCAGUAAGAAAGGGAACACUCAUAUGUGGCACUUACCCCGGCCAGGCACCAGGGUCAGCACUAAGCACGCUAAGUCAUGGAAUCCUCAAAACAGCCCAUUCUGGAGUUAGGGAGACUGAGGCAUAGAGAGGUUAAAAGGCUCAUCCAAAGCCACACGCCUGGUAAGUGAGGACCUGAGUCAGUCGGUGCCCUUCACGCCUCAACCCUGCACUGCACCUCAGCUGAAGGCAGACCACCUCUCCAGAGCAGGGGUCCGGACGAGGGGCUCUCUGUGCACCGCUGGAAUUCUGCCUCCCGUAUGACCCAUGAAGUCGGAGGCCCAGACCCGUUGCGCCGUCUCUGUCCCCCCUUGCCUGGCACCUUGGCAACGCCCGGCACACAGGAGGUACUCAACAGGUCUGUACUGGAAAAACAGUCAACGACGGGACGCUACUUCUUUAGGGGCGACGUAACACAGUGGUUCAGAGCUGGACCCUGGAGACAGCCGGCCUGGCCACUGCCUCGCCAAGUGACCGGAGGCGUUAGCUUGUGCGCGGCUCAGUUUCCCCAUCUGUGAAACGGGAAUGCUACUGGUACUCGUCUCCUAGAGCUGCCGGGAGGCUUAACUGAGCCAAUAUUUGUAGGGUGCCCGAGCUAGAGCCUGGCACACGGCAGGAGUCACAUGAGCGUCCGCUCGAUAACGUUCGUCCGGCCCCGGUUGCUUCGUCGGAGAGCAAUACUCUCGCUCUCCCACAUGUCCCCAUCGCUCCGUGCCCGCCGCCCUGAAGCCCGAACUACAACUCCCAGCACGCCUCGGGGCCCUCCUGCCCGAGCUCGCGCGGUGCCCGCCGGGACGAAGUCCGAACUACAACUCCCAGCAUGCCGCGGGCACCCCCGCAGGCCCAGGUCCGCCGCUGCGGUCGAAGUCCGUGAAGCCCCGCCGUGCCAACCUCGUCGCUCCCGGUCGCCCUCGCUGGGAAGGGUCGGGGUGGGGGUCGGGAACCGCCCCCGCCAUGCUCCGUGGACUGGCGCGGGCCGCGGCCCGGCGGCCCGGGGCCCUCUGGACUCGGGGGUCUGGGAACAGGACGGGGGUCCCGGCGCACGUGGUGGACCUGCGCAGCGACACGGUGACCAAGCCCGGGCCGGCCAUGAGGCGCGCCAUGGCCGAGGCGGUCGUGGGGGACGACGACUACGGCGAGGACCCCACCGUCCGCGAGCUGCAGGAAAAGGCCGCCAAGCUGCUGGGGGUAGACCGGACCUUGUUUGUGCCCACCAACACCAUGGCCAACCUCAUCUCUGUGAUGUGUCACUGCCAGCGCAGGGGCUCCCAGCUCCUCCUCGGGCAGGAGUGCCACCUCCACGUCUACGAGCAGGGCGGGGUGGCUCAGAUCGCUGGGGUGCACUCCCACCCCCUCCCAGACCUGCCCCAUGGCACCUUGGACCUGGCUGAGCUGGAGAGGGUGGUCACACGGGGCCUCGGGAGCCCCUACCACCCGGUGUGUGAGCUCAUUUGCCUGGAGAACACCCACAGCAGCUCGGGGGGCCGGGUCCUCCCCAUUGACUACCUACGCCAGGUGCGCCUCCUGGCGCAGAGCUACGGGGUCCGGGUCCACCUGGAUGGGGCCCGGCUGAUGAACGCUGCAGUAGCUCUGCACAUGCCCCCCGCCCGCAUCGUGGAGCACUGUGACUCUGUGUCUCUCUGUUUCUCCAAGGGCCUCGGUGCACCAGUGGGGGCCUUGGUCGGGGGGCCCAAGGACUUCAUCGAAGAAGCCUGGCGCCUCCGGAAAGCCCUGGGCGGGGGGAUGCGCCAGGCCGGGGUGCUGGCUGCCGCUGCCCUCGUAGGACUGGCGGACUUCGAGGAGGUGCUGCCGACGGACCACAAGAACGCUCAGAGAUUCGCCAAAGGGCUCCAGGAGCUGGCGUCCCCCAUCUGCUCCGUGGACCUCGCCGCCGUGGAGACGAACAUGGUGAUGGUGAGGGUGCACGGGCCACCGCCCGAGGAGCUCUGCCGGCGUCUGCAGGCCGUGAGCGCGGACGAGGUGGCCCAGACCGGCCGCGCGGUGCAUGUGCUGCUGUUCCCCUGGACCGAGCGGUCGGUGCGCGCCGUGUGGCACCGCGACGUCUCCGCACAGGACACCGAGCUGGUGCUGAAGAAGUGGGGGUUCGUGCUGAGGCAGCUGGGGCCCUGAGGACGGGGUGACCGGACCCUGUGCCCCGGCUGGGAUCCGGGUGGGGAGAGGAGGUGUCCUGAGGGAGCAGGUGGAGGAGAGGCAACGAAACAACACCCCGUUACCCCCGUGUCUCCUCGGACCCCCGACUUCCCACACUCAGGGUGAAGCCUUCCACCUGCGUUCAUUCAGCAAGCCCUCGGUGCCUCCCGUGUCCCGGACAGGGUGCCCCGAGGGCAGACAGGGGGGACCCCAUCCCAGCCCCUCACCAAAGCCCAGGAAGCAGCCAGGGCAGGGCUUCUGCUCCCAGCUCACAGAAAAGGAACCUGCCCCGAGCCAUUUGCUCGGAGUCCCGCAGCUGAUGAGCGUGUCCCGUGCUCGGGCUGGGGGGCACUGGAGCAAGGGCGACAGGAGAUUAGGAAGGGACAGGAGGGCUGGAUGGCAGGGAGCCCUAGCUGCUGUGUUGGGGGCUGGGCUUUAUCCUGUGGUCAUCUACAUAUUUUUUCCUUUUUCAAAAAUAAAUUUUCCUG